CGUUGCUUUCUGCGGGAAUGAAUGAAAAGGCAGCUCGCACCGCGUGUCUGGACACUUCUGCACAUCAAGCAAUCUCUGGAUCUGUGACAUAUUGGUCGGAUCAUGACCCGGUGUUUAAUCACUGAAUAUACUAAUACCACUGGAUUAUUUUGUAAAACAAUGGAGAAAUCACAAGAACUAAACAUUGUUGCUGCAGCGUAAAGGAAUCUGAAUUGUCUUUUUCAUCUUUACUCAUGGCUUGGUGCGCAUAGAAGGAGCAUCUGUUCUGGGACCUUUUGUGUGGCGCACCCCCCCCACCCCCCCUCGCUUUACUCAACUAAUAACCGGCAGCAUCUUUGCAUGGCUGUUGGUACCAACCGGUUCUUCUCCUGAGGAAACAAAAGAAUAUUUCUGUGUUCCAUUUUAUUUAUUCUUUUGCCUGCCAUCAAAGUCGGCUCUAUGGGAUAGCCGCGUCCCUCCACGAUGCCAGUAGCCAUACGGAAAAGAAGUUGGCAGGAGCACGUGACUCUUGUGUCAGGACUACAGUACAGCUAUGACGAUCUGGACCUGGUCUGCCGCCAUGGGGUGGACAGCGAGGGCCCUCGGGUGGGAUCCGGCGCUUCUAAACAAGGGCGACGGGCGAGGUGUGCCUCCAUGCCGGAGGGCUGCCACCAACUGCCCCCACCCGACCCGGCUCAGACGGAGGAAGUGGCCGACUCCGUUGUGUGCGAUAACGGCGCAUCGGCACCGUCGAAGGUAACGGACGGUGAGUUAAAAACCGACAUUGUUGUUCCCCAAAAGGCCGGGGACGACGACAGUGGGAUGGGAAAUAUUUAUUGUGUGACUGGCAGCAUCAGUCCCACCAAGAAGACUGUCAAUGGGGAAAUCGGCACAGAGAGUAGCCAGCGUGCCAUCGUGUGCGACGACGAUGAGGUUUUUAAAAGUCCACACAUCUCACGUGAAGGGCAACAGUGCAUCUCUAUCCCUUCAAACAAUGGGACUCUGCUGUCCAGAUCUGCUGGUGAACCGCCUGGCCAACUUCCACAUCACCAGGAAACAAAGGAGAGCCACACAGAGGGUUACAGCAGACCUCCUGAAAUCUCUGAGGCCGCACUAAACCAGUUCUCUGCCGCUGAACUGGAACCUCAAACUGACCUUCCAGAUGUAGGGGAAGAGAAGAUUUCCACUUUUGGCCAUGCCAAUGCAAGUGUAACUGUACCUGUUGGUGUGCUGCACAGUCCAGCUAAUAUGAUGGAGAAAACUGUGGAAACCGUAGUGGCUUUAGCAGUGGAGGAGUCGGGUGACAAAGGAGCGACAGAAAGGCGGAGUGCGCAGGCCGCUGUCAAGCUGGAUGGAUUAAAUGACCCAGAAACUGUAAGUGGAAAUACAGGACUUCACUCAAAAGACACGCGGGGAGCAGAGCAGGAUCAUCGCUGCCGGGCUGAGUAUCCCGACCAUCAAGCUCGUGGCUGUGAAACGUCCCGCCAGACGCCGCUGGCACUGCGUAACGUUGAAAUGAUGGCGAGGAGCGCGCCUCAGGAAGAGGAAAGUACACAAGCACACAGAAGCGAGGAAGCAGCAGCAGCAGCAGCAGCAGAGGUGACGCAUGAGCCAAUCGCACCAUCCGGUACGAGUCUCAAUGGUCCGUGUCGCUCUGAAGAACCGGAUAGUGGAUGUUCAGAAGGAAGCUGCAUCCUGACAAACGUUACUCGGGGUGAAGAAACUACCACCUCGGUUGGUCAACCAAUGGAAAGCAAAGAGUUGGCCUGCAGUGUCCAUGAAGCCGAAACUAGCUGUUCAAGAGUGGAUGCUCCCCCAGAGGGGCCAGAAGACACCCCUGCACCGGACCCUCAGAACAACACCGCCUCCGUUUUAAAACCAAAUCCACACGUGCAGCCGUCCCAUAUGGCUGUUAAACACGCAGGCUCGCCACCAAGCUGUGCGGAGGUCAACCGUGACCUCUCACCGGAGGGGCUCCAUGGCAACCAAGCCCCUGGCUGCCCCCUCGGUGAGUCACCUGCCGCUGAGGCGGCAGAUGGUCGGAGGCAACAGCAGAGGCCGGCAGCCACGGCCUCUGGGAUGGAGGAGGCCGACGAGGCCGCACGCGGUGUCGUUUGCACCGAUGGACAACCUGCCGCUCCAGGUUUGGAGCGGGCGAAGGACCCCGGAGAUCCAAAUGAGGACGCCGUGGUUCACGUGCGUGUGAGAAAGCCUGAGCAUGCUCGCUUGGACUCGAUGGUCUUGCUGCUGAUGAAGCUGGACCAGUUGGACCAGGAGAUUGAAAAUGCCCUCAGUGCCACCUCCUCCAUGGACAGCACCCCGACUCUUCAUCGGCGACAACCCCUGGAGUCUGAUUUGGGAUCCCAAAACCCUCCACAUCCACGUGCUGCCUCAAGCUCCGGACCCCCACCAGCCCUCGGAGCAAAACCCAAGACCGGGAGCACCUCUACCAUUCCUGUGACAGAAAAAGCCGAGAUCGAAGCCAAAGAGGCCUGUACCUGGCUCUGGGCAGCCGGGUUCCCACAGUAUGCCCAGCUUUAUGAAGACCCUCUCUCCUUAGAUGCCCAGUUUCCUAUCGACAUCUCUUCAGUCACCAGAGACCAUGACUUCCUCGACCGGGACGCUAUUGAGGCUCUCUGCAGGAGACUGAACACACUCAACAAGUGUGCUCUAAUGAGACUGGAGAUAUCGCCGCAAAGAAAGAGAAGCGAGGACUCCGAUGAAGACGAGCCGUGUGCCAUCAGUGGCCGCUGGACCUUCCAGAGGGACAGCAAGCGCUGGUCCCGUAUGGAGGAGCUGGAGGUUUUUUCCUCGCUGCCGGCAGAUGCCGCGCUGCCCCCGUUCCCCACGGACCAUCCGUCCCAGAGAGUCAAGCUCGCCCUGCGCGAGGGCGAUAGUUCAGAGAGCAUGCUGACAGACCUCAGUGAGCUGCCGGAGGUGGGCUCCAUCCACAGCAGCGGGAGUAGGGGACGGGGAGAGGAGAAGAGCCGCGGCGCCGCCCUGACACACGAAGCCGUAGCCGCCGGCGCGACUCGCGCCAGCUCUGUGGCCAGCAUGUGUUCGUCCUCGGGCACCGGCGGGUCGGGAUGCGUUAAUGAGGACUCGCUGUCGGACGGGAUGCCUCCAUCGCCCCUGGAGACACUCGGACAGUUCACCUUUGAUGUGAAGACGGGAAUGGGAGGCCUGGGGGCAAGUCUGGACGCAGGAGACGGCGGCGGCAGCAAAAGCACACGCUCCAGAGCCAAGAGCUUCCUCAAGAGGAUGGAGAGCCUACGGCUGCGCAGCGGCGCCUCGUCCAAGAGAAAGAAGAAGGGGAGCGCCAGUGGAGGCAAGAUAGAAAUCAGUGGCCCUGUCAUCAAAGAGGGUCUGGACGAUGACAAGCUGCGGAGGCUCAACUGCGUGGACAUCUCCAGUAUCAACCUCAACCAGAACCUCAAUCACCACCGCAACCCCGGUCAGACGAUGACGCUCAACCGGAAUCGCUCCGUCUCCUAUUCCACUCAGACCAGCAACGGCAGCACCGGAAGUACCGGGAGCAGCCAUUCCGAAGCCAGCAGUGGCAGUGCGGUGAGCACGCCGAGCCCGGUGACCCGCGCUCGCAGUCACAGCAUAGCGGCGGGCUCCAGCAAAAGGGGAGGGAUGUAUUUGGAGGGUUUUGAUCCUUUCAGCGUCCCCCAACUGUCCCCGGAUGGACCGCCGACACCCGCGGCCAAAUCUGCCCCGCCCAUCGCCUGCCAGGCCGGCAAAGGGAUGACGGUCGAUGAGCAGAACCGCAGGAACAACUGCGCCGCUCGAGGCGACAUCAGACGAGCAGCGGCGGCGGCAGCAGAAGAGGAAGAAGAGGAAGAAGAAGAAGAGGAGGGAGAGGACGGCAUGAUCUUCUUCUUCUUACCCGAAGGUCACAAGCCUGGGACCUUCCCCAAAGCCCUGCAGGACGGGAGUUCACGCGCCAGCAACGGGAAUGACAACGGGAACUCUGUGAUCCUCAGGGGGCGGCAAAGCAGACGGCAGCGCCAUUGCUCCUUGGGCUCCGUGGACAGUCGCCUCAGUUUUUAUGACAACGUGCCCUACGCUGAGAGGGAGGAAGGUGCAGAGGAGGAGGAGGAGGAGGAGGAAGAGGGGGAUGAACGCAAACUGGAACAAGUGCUGCAACACGUCAGCGGCCUGCAGCGGUUCGUCAACGCCUGGUCGGAGGCUGUGGCCGGGGAAGAGGAGGAAGAUGAGGAGGACGAAGAGGAGGAGGGAGACUCCGACUCUGCGCUGGACUCGGCCUCGCCGUGCCCCUCGUCUCCUCUGCAGAACCGGCUGGAGGAGACGGAGAACGGAAGUGACCAAGACAGCACAGGAAACCCGCUGGGCGAGGGGGAGGAAGGCAUGAGAGAGAGGAGGGAUUCUGGUGUCGGGGCGUCUCUAACCAGAACCAGCAGACCGCAGAAACUCCGUUGGCCGAGCUUCCAGAAUUCCCACCGGCCAAGUUUGGCCUCGGCCCAGCUCCAGAUCAGCUGCCAAUCUGUCCUACAGAUGAAUCUGCUUCAGAAGUUCUCUCUGCUGCAGCUCACUGCUCUGCUGGAAAGACACACCCCUACAAACAAACAUGGCUUCAGCUGGGCUGUGCCAAAGUUUAUGAAACGCAUGAAGGUUCGGGACCACAAAGACAGGAAUGUUUUCGGGGUGCCACUCCAAGUCAUCGUCCAGCGCACCGGCCAGCCCCUCCCUCAGGGAAUUCAGCAGGCCAUGCGCUACUUACGCAACCAGUGCCUUGAUCAGGUGGGACUUUUCAGGAAAUCAGGCGUUAAAUCUCGUAUCCAAGCUCUUCGUCAGAUGAACGAGGCCAGCGGCUUAGAUGGCGGAGGCGUCAACUACGAGGGCCAAUCGGCAUACGACGUGGCAGACAUGCUGAAGCAGUACUUCAGAGAUUUACCAGAACCUCUGCUCACCAGCAAGCUGUCUGAGACCUUCCUCCAGAUCUAUCAGUACAUGCCCAAAGAGCUGCGCCUGCAGGCGGCCCGUGCCGCCGUGGUGCUGCUGCCCGACGAGAACCGCGAGGCGCUGCGCACACUGCUGUGUCUGCUGAGCGACGUGACGGCCAGCGUGUCCGAGAACCAGAUGACUCCCACCAACCUGGCCGUCUGUCUGGCCCCGUCCCUCUUCCACCUCAACACCCUGCGCCGCAAGGAGAGCUCCUCGCCAAGGGUGAUGAACAGGAAGCAGACACUGGGAAAGCCGGACCAGAGAGACCUGAAUGAGAACCUGGCUGCCACCCACGGCCUCGCACACAUGAUCCAAGAGUGCAGCAAGCUCUUCCGGAUCCCAGAGGAGAUGAAUCGCUGCAGAAACUCCUACGUGGAGCAGGCGCUGCUGCCUGGGCGCUUGGAAGACCUCACAGGCGAGGACGCCGUAGAGGGAGGAUUCAGGGCCUACCUGAAGGACAGCCUGGACGCCCUCCUCAAAGACGCCAAGGACAAGUUCAGAGGUUACGACAGCUGCUCCACACCUGAGCACGCCGAACUUGCCUGCAAGAAGGUUCAUGAUGGCUUUCCGCUGCGGCUGUGGAAGGUGACCGUGGAGGUGCCUGCGAGUCCUGAGGAGGUUCUGACGAGACUGCUGCGGGAGCAGGGCUACUGGGACGAGGACCUGCUCGAGAGCCGGGUGGUGGAGACCCUGGAUGAGAGGACGGAGGUCUACCAGUACGUCAGGAAUACCAUGGCUCCACAUCCCACCAGAGACCACCUGGUGCUCAGAACGUGGGUAACGGACCUGCCCAAGGGAGCGUGUGCACUUGUGUGUAGAUCUGUGGACCAUGAGGCCGCACGUGUUGUAGGCGUUCGGACCAAUGUACUCACCUCCCGCUACUUCAUUGAGCCCUGUGGAACCAACAAAUCCAGACUCACGCAUAUUUCCAGGAACGACUGCAGGGGUCGUUUCCCAGAGUGGUACAAUAAACUAUACGGACACUUGUGUGCUGCUGAGGUGGCGAGGAUACGGGACUCAUUCACCGUGCCCAUGGACAAAUGAGAAAGCAGUGUGUCAUUCGGGGAGAAACAGACUCAACAUAAUUUGGGCUUAAAAUGACUCAUUUUAUCCGUGAGCAAGAUGGGGUCCAAGCAUCUUAACCGUCACAUCCUUGAUUGAAGGACUUUUUGCUUAAAUUUUGUUCCAACAGACUGGUGUUAUUGUUCAAGAACAGUUCUGUUUGGGCGCACAGCGUGCUGCCAGGAGGACUCGUGACACAAACACUUAUCCGGGCCAAAAGACGAUGAUGUGGAUGAUACAGGAUGUGAUCCAAAGGGUGCUAUAGCUUCUGAGAAGCAAGGGUGUAUGUGUGCGCGCAUGUGUGUGUGUGUACGUGUACAUGAGUGUUCAAAGGUUAAUAGAUACAUAUUCCUCGCAUUGCUUUUCCAGUAGCAGCAUAAUGUGUACAUACAUUAUUCUGUUCACAGUGGUGGUAUGUGUCUGCCUUGUGUUACCCCUCUCUCCAUUGUUUUGUUACAGCACGGCACAAGAGGAAUGAUAGACAACAGUAUGGUCAUUUGAAUGAUGAAUCCACGGGUGAAUAAAGGUGUGAAUUUGCAGGUAAAACCCAGAGUAUAUAGCAGUAUCAUAGUAAGGUGACGGGGGUGAGGGAGGGGGCUGAUAUCAGGGUUCAAGUGUUUCAGGAGAGGAAGGCAAAGACAGAUGAGAAUCGGUGGCUGGCACACCAAUAAGAGAGGGAGCGAUCCAAGAAACCGAAACGGAUCCCUCCUCAUUACUGAGCUGGCAACAAGGCCCAGUGCAACAAGCUGGUAAAACAAAAACGGCUCACGAGGAAGCGGUUGUGACCGAGGCUCUCUGUUAGAGACGAGGAAUGUUACAUAUUUUACAAGAUCACACCAACAAAGCUAGAAUUUAAAACCAACAGAUCUACAUAAAUGGACCAAAUCUGAGAGAGCUUAAACAAGUAGCUUUAAAAAUACGCCUUUUCUUCAUUAUUUAAAGGUUAGAGUUAGUGUUGCUAAGAGCACAUGUGUUCACUUGUAUAGAUGUUUUACAAAUAAUAUGGAUUUCACAAUCAUUUUGGUGUCCAUGAAAACAGAAAAAAGACAAUGCACUGUUCUAACUUGCAGCAGAAACCUCCGGC